AUGCCAGCAGGCGAAAAAGGGAGGAAAAACCGGCCGGCAGAUCUUUCUAACGAGGACGAUGCCUACGAGGCUAUCUUUGGAGGCGAGUUUGGCUCCUUGGAGAUUGGAGGAUACAUUGGACGCGAUGAUGAAUCAGAGACGAAGCAUUUAUCGGAUGCGAUCGAUUUUGAGGACGAGGACGAGUUGGCGGAUGAAGAACUACCAGACGAAGAAAUGAGAGAGGAUGAAAGCGAGGCAGCAAGGCGGCUCGAGGGUGGAGCUGGACACAUGGGAGGUCACGUUGGCGAUUUCAUGGGCCAUGAGGGGUCUGGAGGCGAUUAUGAUGGCGGAAACAAUGCGUUGUUCAUGGGAAUGGACGGUAACAACGGAGUUUUGAUGGAGAGGAAUCACUCAUUCGCGGUUUACCGGGUACCGCCCAACCAGGAGGAGCAACGGAAGGCAUACCAGCAGCAGCAACUCUUGAAAGAAGCGGAGAGGAAAACCAGAGAAGAUAAGCUUCUGCUGAAAAGUUAUUUUCCUAAUUUCAAGAAGGGUAAAGUACUGAAAUGGAAUAGUCUGCUCUAUAAGAGGCCUGGAAAAUAUCACUGGGCGGCUGAGUACAGUCCAGCUAGAAAGAAUUUGGAACCUCUGAUGCCGCUAAAUCUGAGGCUGCAGGUUCAGCCGGAUGGAAAAAAAUUAUUCAAUACCAAGGAAAGCACAUGGACAUCCUCAUCGCUGCCGAGCCUUGCUAGUAUGCAAAACAAGCGUCACUCACAUGGCAUCAUUGUUGUCACCCUGGAUGAGCUAGAUCCGGAAGAAGUGCAUGAACACGAAGAGAACCGUCAUACACGCAAAAUUUCAGAAGAACUGCUGAUUGCAACUGAUGACUGGGACCAGGAACGAAUAAUUAAUGAGGGGGCUGUGUCGUCAAAGAAUCAGUCCGAUUUUGCUAGGAAUUCCCUCAAGGAGGAUGAGAAAGACUGGGACUGGAAUGAGGAUGAUUUGGUCGAUGCGAAGCUCGAUAAUAAUCAAGCCAGGCUAGACAUGAAUGAUGAACAAUUAUUGCUUAUCAAGGGAUCUGGAUACAGAAAGAGUGAGGAGCAUGUAGCAGACUUGCUCCCGCUAAACGAGAAAGGCAUUAUGCAGAAGUUCAACAAUUCUAACGAUGAUGAAUAUAAUGUGUUGGGACGUAAUCAUCAGACGAAAGUUCGUGCCACCAUUUCCAACCUUAAUAUCGACCAUUCUCAACCUGCCAUACGGCUCCAAUCACCUUACUAUAAGGUCAACAUGCCGAAGAAGGAGCUGCGAUAUUUCCACCGGCCGAACUUUGGUAAGAGCAUCAGACCAGGUACCAAUAUUGUGUUCAGCAAAUUAAAAGUUCGGAAAAGAAAACGGGACAAAGGCAAGGAAGUUAAGGAGUCAUUUGCAUCUACUCAGGAUCUGACUAUUGGUGAUACAGCUCCUGUUUUUCUUAUGGAGUAUUCGGAACAGAAUCCUAUCGCACUUUCGAAGUUUGGAAUGGCUAACAAACUAAUUAACUACUAUAGAAAAAUGAAUGAACAGGAUGCAUCACGCCCCAAGCUACCAGUUGGGGAGACUUAUGUGUUAGGUAUCCAAGAUAAGUCGCCAUUUUGGAACUUCGGCUUUGUCGAACCCGGCCAUAUUGUCCCUACUCUAUACAACAACAUGAUUCGAGCUCCAGUUUUCAAACAUGAUGUAUCGGGGACAGAUUUUUUACUGGUAAGAAGCUCUGGUAAUGGAGUGAGCAAUCGCUUCUACCUCCGAUCUAUCAACCAUCUAUUUGUAGUAGGUCAAACUUUCCCCGUUGAAGAAAUUCCAGGUCCUAACUCAAGAAGGGUUACAUCGAUGAGAACAACAAGGUUACGCAUGGUGGUUUAUCGCAUAUUGAAUCGAACUCCAUCGCAGGCUAUCUCAAUAGAACCGAUUGCCAGACAUUUUCCAGAUCAGGAUUAUGGGCAGAACAGACAGAAGAUCAAGGAAUUCAUGAAGUAUCAGCGUGAAGGGGCAGACAAGGGAUUAUGGAAAUUGAAAGAAGGGGAACCACUAUUAGAUAAUGAGAGCGCCAAGAAACUCAUUACUCCUGAACAGGUGUCCGAGGUGGAGUCAAUGAAUCAAGGUUUACAAUUUCAGGAAGAUAAUGAGUUCUUUAAUUUUGACGAGAAGCUCUUGAAGUUGGAGGAGAAUUUGCUCCCUUGGAACGCUGCCAAGAAUUUUGUUAACGCAACACAAAUGCGUGCGAUGAUACAAAUACAUGGUGCCGGCGAUCCUACUGGUUGUGGCGAAGGCUUCUCUUUCCUGAAGACUUCAAUGAAAGGGGGGUUUCUGAAAUCCGGGAUGGAUAAUGGUAAAUCUCAAAGUUCGAGUGGACACAGUUAUAAUGUUGCAGAGCAGCAAAAGGCUUAUGAGGAGGAAAUAAGCAAGACUUGGUAUACUCACGCUAAAAGCUUGAGCAUUAUCAACCCAUUCGAGGAAAUGGAUGACCCUGACGAAGUUAAUUCGACGAACCGCCAUGUGUUAACCAGUAGGACUGACGGAAAGGUCUUAAGGAUAGUGCGCAAGAAGAGAGAUGAAAACGGUAUAAUCCAGAGACAGACGCUUGUUGUGCGCGACCCUCGGGUUAUAAAAGGAUAUCUGAAGAGCAAAGAAAAGAGGCGUGAGGCUAACUUGAACGUUGAGAAGUUGCUCGAGGAGGAAACGACUGUUCAAAACGUAGAAGACAUCGAAAUGCAGAAGAAACUGCUGCAGAGUGAGUUAGCCAGUUUGGAGAAGUCACAGCAAAGAAGAGCCGCUCGCCAGGUCUCCAAAACGAAAUCUCAGGACAAUAAAGUGACCAAAACUAAGAAUACCACCAGGCGUUGCGCAAGAUGCGGGCAGGUCGGUCACAUCAGGACAAAGAAAUCGUGUCCUAUGUACGACGGUAGCCUUGGCACUUCCCAAGGAAGCGGCGUGGGUGAGAGCGGUGCGGCUAACCUGUCUGCAGCUGAAGCACCAGCCGCUUCGCCAAUUACAAAUUAG